UGACUCAUAGUAAUAAUCACUCCAUAAUGAAGAGAGCUGUGCAGCAGGUGAGACGCAAACAGAGAGACGCAGAGCUGCUUCAGCAGUCACUCCGCAAACUUAACGGACUUACACGUCAACACCUUCCGGGCCCGACAGAGGUGAUCCUGCGAAGCAGGAAGGAGAGCAGGAGAGCGCAGAAACACUUUUUUCCGGGAGGAGAGCGCAGUGUCGUAUAAUGUCAGUUGUGGGCGCGCAGCCUUUCAUCAAGCCAAUGCAGUCCCCACCUUCAGUUUCGCCCGGUAUCCAAAGGAGACACACGCUUCCCGCGAGUGAAGUCCGACCGCUCAACACGCAGGAUGCCAUAAGCGUCUUUGAAAUCGAGCGAGAGGCAUUUAUCUCAGUGUCAGGUGAGUGCCCCCUCCACCUGGAUGAAGUACGUCACUUCCUCACACUGUGCCCAGAGCUAUCCAUGGGCUGGUUUGAGGAGGGUCGGUUAGUGGCUUUUAUCAUCGGCUCUCUGUGGGACCAGGACAGGCUCACCACAGAAGCGCUGACGCUCCACAAGCCCUGCGGCUCCACCGUGCACAUCCACAUCUUGGCUGUCCAUCGCACUUUCAGGCAGCAGGGCAAAGGUCCCAUCCUCAUGUGGCGCUACCUGCAGUAUCUCCGCUGCCUGCCCAACGUGCGCCGAGCGGUGCUGAUGUGCGAAGACUUCCUCAUCCCCUUCUACCGCAAGUCGGGCUUCAAGGUGCUGGGGCGAUGCGCCAUCACCGUGGCCAACCUGACCUUCACCGAGAUGUGGUACCCAAUCAGCGGCCACGCGUACAUGCGCCGCAACAGCGAAGCGAUCCGCUUCCCUCAGCACCCCCUGACUGUGCCCCUGACAAAGACUGACGAACGCGUUGAUGUAUGAAGUGCUUACUGAGGGCCGAGCAGGCUGUCUUUAAUCUAAGAGGAAGGAAUUCAGUGUUGUUCUCUGUAGCAUCUUUCAGGGUUUGUCUCAAGUUUCCAGCCGUUUCUCUGAUUUGUUGGACUUUUGAUCCCAUGUGAAAUGAUUUUAAUAUGUAUAAUAAAACAAAGGAUGUACUAUA